AUGCAUUACGAGAAUGCAAGAGACACACACACAGAACAUAAACUACUUGAGAAAAUGAAGGUUGCCAUGUUUCUUCCCCUGCUCCUUGUCUUGGCCUUGAACACAGAGCCACUUCUGGCGGCUGAGCCUGAGCCAGUGGUGGAUAAGCAAGGGAACCCUUUGGUACCAGGAGUAGGGUACUAUGUGUGGCCACUUUGGGCUGAUGAUGGAGGUCUCACACUAGGCCAAACAAGGAACAAAACAUGCCCUCUUGAUGUUAUCCGCAACCCUUCUUUCAUCGGGUCACCAGUGGCAUUCUUUGCAGAAGGGCUUGGCCACAUUCCAACUCUCACCGAUCUCACCAUUGAUUUCCCUGUGGCCACAGUCUGCAACCAGCCGACAGUGUGGAGGCUGAGCAAGCAAGGAGCAGGGUUCUGGUUUGUGAGCACAAGAGGGAACCCUGAAGACAUCACAAGCAAGUUCAAGAUUGAGAGGCUUGAAGGAGAUCAUGCAUAUGAGAUCUACAGCUUCAAGUUCUGCCCCAGUGUUCCUGGCACACUGUGUGCUCCUGUGGGAACCUUUGAAGAUGUUGAUGGAACCAAAGUCAUGGCUGUGGGGGACAACAUUGAACCCUACUAUGUUAGGUUCCAGAAGGUUGCCAUCAAUGAGAAGAAACCCUUCAGCAUUGUGUAAUUUGGUGGCUUUGAACUAUGUGUAGUUAUAGGGGUUGUGACUUUGAAUAAUGAAUAAGCCAGAAGAAGAAGAAGAAGAGUGCAGGGAACUGGAUUUUUUGUGUGGCGGCAGAAAGAAUCAUCUGAAGUUUUUAUUUCUUGGUUCUCAUGGCACAGAUCAGAAACAGUGUUCUUGUAUCUGUUUUAUGAUUUGCCACCAAUAUGCAUUUGUUUCCAAUGAAGUGAAAUGAAAUGAAAUUUAGUUUCUUUGCUCA